AUGCCCUUGAGGCGAGAACCCUCUCGGGAGCACGAGCUGCCUGUCGAAAGCUCCUGGCGCAUGGUCGAAGGCGGCGAGAACGACAGUUUCGACACGUCCAUCGUCCCCGAGCUUGACUUUGAAGACGACAUUCCCCUGUCGAGCGGGCCCUCCCAGGGCAACUUCAGCCUCGCCUCCCAGGACAGCGCCCACAGCAUCAGCGACUUUGUCGACAGGGCCGACGAUGAGCGCGUCAUCCUGCGCACGCCCUUUCGCCCUUCGAUCCCCACGACGCGCCAGCCAUCCAACGAUGUUCACCGCACGCCUGAGCCCGAGUUUUACAUGCCUUCCAUCCACAUGGAGAGUCCGAGCCAAGGCCGCAGCAGCAGCGGCCGCUCUUCGAGGACAAUCCGGCCCACCAUGGACGAGAAGGAGAGGAUCGCCAUGCGCCUGAGGAACCAGAGGCAGCAGUCGGGCUACGGUAGCCUCCUGCGGAAACGCAACAACAAUAGCAGCAGCAGCAACGAUGCGAGGUUCGGUGGAAGAGAGGCCCAGCGCCAGCCAACAGACCGCCAACAGCAGACGGUCGGUCGUCGCGUCAUGGACUCGGCGCCGCACGCCCUCCUCGACGUGCUCGCCUGGGUAGCGGACAUUGUCGGCAUGGCGCUGCGCAUGCUCAAGCUUCCCCUGGCCAUGAUGUUCGCCGUCUGGCUCAUGAUCGGCGCCACCAUCAUCCUGCGCAACAUGGUCACCCAGUCCAUCACGACGUCGCUCUCGCCCAUCUGCAAGAUCCCCGGCGUCGGCGCCCUCAGCCUGCCUUUCUGCCCGCAGUUUGGCGUCACGCCCGCCGGCUCCGACGAGCAGCUGUCGGCGCCGGGCGGCCAGAGCGUCGAGUUUGACGACCUUCAUGAACGUCCAGGCGAGCUUCGAGCAGGUGCUCGAGCGCAGCGCCGACGGCGUCUCGCUGCCCAUGGAGAUGAAGCGCUCCGAGUCCGGCGCGACCGCGUCGCCGAGCCCGGGCUCGCCCGCUCCGCCAUUGGGCCCGGCCCCGGUCUGGGCGACCGCGGCGCCAUACCCCUGAGCGUGCACAUUGAGACCAUUGACCGCGGCGUCGACCGUCUCGAGGAGGCGAGGCGGCGCAUCCGGGAUGCCGAGGAUGACAAGGUCAGGGAGGCGCUGGCGAGGGGCGGCGUCAAGGACGAGGCGAGGGCGAUCGAUGCGUGA